AUGGGUGCCCAUGGGGCGCCUGCCGCAGCUUGCUUCACUUGGGUCUUGUUCUAUGCGGUGCAGGCGGAGACAGAUCCAAGCAGGCGCCUCGCGGAAGCAGACUGGGCACGGGGACUCUGCAGCCGGACUUCCGUGGGAUUCUAUGCAGGAACUGCACGCAGCUUCGAGAAACUUUUGCCUUCGAGGGUCUUGAAGAAAUGCAAGACGCAGGCACCCUCCAAGGGCUCUUGGAUCUGGAAGGGCCGGAACUGGUGCUGGGAGGCGGUGAAGCGCCACGCCUGCUACGGGCAUCACUCCUGGGAGGAUGCGCAAAGUCAGGCGGCAGCAGACAAGGAAGCUCCGGACCUUGACGACACGCCUUUCCCUGCGCUGCAGGACGCCGAGCGCUGUGAUCUGCCAGAAUUGGGCGCUUCGCUUGUGCCGGAUCCGCCGCCUGAAGGGCCUGUGCUCACCGACGACCGCGAAGAGCGCGAUCAGGACGAGCAGACGUACAUGAACUACCAAAUCGAAGCUCACGAAGCUGAGUUCUGGUUUCACCAACAUGUGGCCGUCUAUGUCUUAAACCUGCCAACUGCAGCUGACCGGUGGUCACGAAUCUCCAGGAGGCUGGAGGAGCUUCACAUUCGUGCAGACCGCGUUCCGGGGAUCGACCUCUCCGAGCCAGGAGCCAUCCAGCAGGCGCAGGAGGAGGGCCUCGUGCCCCGCCUGUGGAACUUCUCCGCUGCCAAGCAGAACAUGGUAAGGCUUCUGAAGGACAGCAGCGAGACGACAGCGAGGAGGUAUCUGGACAACUAUGGGCGGGGGACAAUUGGGUGCGCAGCUGCUCAUCUGCGGGCCAUGUGGCAGGCAACGAGCAACGCCCACCGCCUGGAGAAGCCCGUGGUCCUCAUCCUCGAAGAUGAUGUUACCUUGGAGGACGACUUCAUGCUGAAGCUGCGCCGCUUACUGCGUCACGAGGCCCCAUGCGACUGGGAGGUGAUCUCACUGCGGUCGCAAUGCCCCUAUGGUGUCUGCGUUUCCCCGCACCUCACCCGGGUGCAGCCAGACGCCAACGAGCCGGAGGAGAUGUGCAGGCACGGAGUGAAUUACGGCUUCUAUGCCAUGCUCUACCGUGUUGACUCGCUGAUCUCCAUCGCGAACAAGCUGCACCAGCGCAUUUGGGAUGAAACCAGGCCUGGAUGCCUGGCCAACGAUGUGGCUUUGGCAUCGCUUGCGGAGGAGGUGGUCUACUAUGCCGUACCCUCGUCGCAGGUGCCUGGCUUCGUGGGCCACGGAGAUGGCUUCGGCUCUGUCCGGGGCGAGCUCAACCGGAAAGGUGAGUCACCCUGGCUGGAUUUGGUCCUGCAGAACAAGCACGACCAAUCUGACACUGAGAAGUCGCGGAGAGAAAUGCUGUUGAGCGGGUGGAUCUGUGCGGUGAUGAGGAUAUCACAGAUAUAA